AUGGAAAAUCAAUAAUAAAAAAAUUAAAUGAAUUGCACUCGCCAUAUUCAAUUUCCAAUAAUUUCCAUAUGUAUUGCUCCUCACUAAUGUUAAUGCUAAAGGAAACUUUGCAUUGAUUGCCAAUAUGAACAUGGAGUUGAUAUUAAAUAUACAAUUCCGACUCAUAGAUUUCAAGAUAUGUUUAUAAAGUAAUUAAGAGAAUUUAAGAUUGAUCAAACUUCUGAACUCACCUAAAAAAGAAAGAAUUUUUUAAUGAUUCUCUCUCAAACUGAAAGCAUGCUGAAGAAUACUUGGCAACAAUUAUAGGAAUCAAUCCAAUAAAUAUUUGAAACAAUAGAGAUGUAGGAUGAAUAAUAUUUUAAAAUCAUGAACGACAAUUUCAAUCCUACAGAUUUGUCAGAUACUGACUUAGAGUAAUUAGUAUAAAUUGUAUAAGAAAAAAAGUUAAAUGAAUGGAAAGCUUAGAAGGAUUCUUGUUUUUAGAAAUUAUCUAAGGUAUAGGAUUUGUGGGAGACAGAAAUUAAGGCUUUUAAUGAAAACUUAAUAAAAGAAAUGAAAGAAAUAUUGCCAUCAGAUAUUAAAGGAAAAUAAUAAUAAAAUGAAAUGAAAUCAUCAUCAUAAUUCCAUCUUAAAUCAUUUACUUAUUAAAUAAUUGAAGCUAAUUCUAUUAAAUAAUAAGAACAUUGUGCUGCAGUUGCUAUUAAUAAAGAUUGUUCAAUUGUAGCCACUGGUUGUAAUAAACUAAUUAAAAUUUAUGAAUUCCAAUAAGGAAUGUUGAAAUUAAAUCAAGUUUUAAAUGAACAUUAAAGUGAAGUAUCUACUCUAAAUUUUAUGAAAUAAUCAAAUUAAUUGAUUUCCGGAGGUUGUGGAUCUAUUUUGAUUUGGUAAUAUAAUAAUAAUUCAUGGAUUUGUUCAUAAACUAUUAAAGGUCAUAGUCAAUAUAUUAGAUGCAUAAUUUUAAACAAUAAUGAAGAUCUUUUUAUAUCCAGUAGUGAUGAUAAGACUAUUAAAUUUUGGGUUAAAACGAAAAAAGAAUGGAUCUGUUAAUAAACUAUUUCAGAUCAUUAUAGUCAAGUUUAUCAAUUAAGUUUAAAUGAACAACAAAAUCAAGUUAUAUCUUGUGGAAAUGAUGGAUUUAUAUUAGUAAUAGAGCAGUUAGAACCUAAUAAAAAUUGGAUUGUAAAAUAAAAAAUACAAGUUGAUUGUUAUGGAUAUCGAUUAUGCUUUAUCAACAAUAAUAUAUUUACAUUUCAACCUGAAAAUGGCAAUUUAAUGUAUGUUUAUGAGAUGAAUAAUGUAAAUAGAUAGUUCACUAAAUCAAAAGAUAUUACUCUAAAUCAAGGAAAUGAAGGUUGUUGGCUAUUUCCAUAAUAAUUUAAUAAAUAAAAAUAAUUAGUUGUUAAUAAGCAUGAUAAAUAUGUACAUUUAAUAAGAUUUACAGAAAAUGCUGAAUUUAAAGUUGAGUAAUCUAUUCAAUUUGGAAAAAAUAAUAUAUUUGGAUAAUUGAGUGAUAAUGGAGAAUAUUUGAUUACUUGGGAUUAGGCAUCAUAUGAAAUAUAAAUAAGGAGAUUCUAAGAACAAUGA